GAGAGGAUGAGGUUGACAGAUUGAGACAGGAGAUCGAGAGAAGAGAUGAUACCAGACGAGAGAGAGAGAUCGAUGAAGUGACGCCGACAUUGUCGCCGAUAGAGCUGAGGUAGGGAGAGACGAAUCGAUAGAGUAGUUGAGGUCGAGAGAGAGAUAGGCGGCGAGUGAGAGAUACGCUUACGUCAGAGGAAGAAAGAAAGAAGAAGACUGAGAGAGAGAUAGUCGUGUGAGUGAGGUGAGGGUACGGGAAAAAAUAAAUUGAGGGUACACCGCAAGCAGUCUCACCAUGAAAACGAAAAAACAGAAGGAAUAAAAGCAGCCCUAAGUCACCCGUCGUCGUUUUGAGUUCCUCUGCGAGUGGGAACCGAGCAAACGUCGCGCAGGAACGAACCACAAGCGUUCGACCAUGUCUAUGGAAGUCACCAAUACAAACCUAAUCACCGACCUACAGUCCCUGGUCGACUCCCUCCGGCACCGAGUUCAGGUGCUGACAAGGGUGUGAUAGUUUCCGUAUUACUAAUAGGAACUAGAGGCUGAGAAUGCCAAGUUUUCAUCUCAACUUGCAAACUGUCGCUGUCAUGAGAAAGAGGACAAGCGUGAUAGUUCUGCUGUAAGUUGUGAUAGUUCACUGGAGACAAGCAGGAAAUCAAACUCUGGAAGUAAGAAAACCACCAAGGAGAUAGUAAAAGAGAAAGUGCCAGGUUAUGACACAAGGAUCAUGAAUCACCACUGCAAGAGAUAUGUUGCUCUGAAAGUCAUGUAUUUUGGGCGGAGGUUUUAUGGUUUUGCUGCAGAGGCACAAAUGGAUCCAACUAUUGAGUCUGAAAUUUUUAAAGCUCUUGAAAAGACAAGGCUUUUAAUUGGUGACAAGAAGGAAUCACAUUACUCCAGAUGUGGUAGGACAGACAAGGGAGUAUCUGCUGUUGGGCAAGUGAUUGCUCUCUAUUUACGAUCAAAACUCAAGGAAACGUGUGAGAAAAAUGAAGAUUCGAGAAAAAUGGUUUUCAAAGAGCAAUAUGAAGGCGAAAUCGAUUAUGUGAGGGUGUUGAAUCGAGCCCUUCCGGAUGAUAUUCGAGUUUUUGGCUGGUGUCCUGUUCCAUUGGGUUUCAAUGCGAGGUUUAGCUGUUUGGGCAGGGAGUAUUAUUAUUUAUUUUGGGGAGAAAAUCUGAAUCUCUUGGCUAUGGAGAGUGCUGGUAGGAAAUUUGUUGGCGAGCAUGACUUCAGAAACUUCUGUAAAAUGGAUGCACUAAAUGUACACAACUAUAGGCGGAAAGUCACUUCAUUUGCAAUCUCUCCUUGUGAUGUGAGGUUUGAUGAGAACCAGCUUUGGGCAAUCAAAAUUAAAGGUAGUGCUUUCCUCUGGCACCAAGUCCGAUGCAUGGUUGCUGUACUGUUCUUGGUUGGCCAAGGUCAUGAAUCUCCUGAUGUAAUAGAUGCGUUACUGGAUACUGACAGAAUCCCCAGAAAACCUCAAUACAGCAUGGCCCCGGAAAUCCCAUUGGUUCUUCAGUCUUGUGAAUUUGAGGGUCUCAAUUUCACUUGUUCGUCAGAUUCUGGGCAAGCUUUGCGAAUGCACUUGGCAAAUGAAUGUCAAAAUUAUCAUCUCGAAGCUGCAAUCUUCCACGAGGCUCUGCAGAGCUGUUCGCCAAUAGAAAAAGAUCAGAGAUCCUUGGAUAAUGGAACAGUCAAGAAAAAAUCUUCCCAUGUCCCUCUCAUGUCACGGCCAACUGAGCCUACAAGCCUUUGCUACUUGGAAUUUCCAUUGUCAGAUCCAAAUCACUCUUCGUGGGAAGGAAAACUACAUUGCAAUCAGUAUGCUACUGUGUCGGUAUUCUAAUUCAAUUACGUACUGUGAUUUGGGAAAGUUAUGCAUCACAAUGCAUGAUUGACUUGUGAUACUGCUAGUCAGAUCCAAAUCACUCUCUUCGGUAUGUUAUUGUGUCGGUAUUCUAAGUCAAUUACGGACUGUCAUGUGGGAAAUUUAGAAUGCAUCACAAUGCAUGAUUGACUUGUAAUACUGCUAGUCAGAUCCAAAUCAACUUUCCGGGAACAGAUUUAUAAACUAGGUCUCUCAUUUGUUGGCGGGAUUA